GGGUCAGGCCUUCCUCACGAGAUACACCUGGCCUAGAAGCCCUGGCCAUGGCGACCCGCGCGUCCUUCUCUCUCGGCACCCCGUUCUCUGUGGGUGACGGGCCGCCUGAGGCUGAGAAGAACUCAGGGCAGCCAGAGAACACUUAUAUUCUGAGGCCCAUUUUCCAGCAAAGGUUCAGACCCUCCAUGGUUAAAGACUGCAUCCAUGCUGUGCUCAAGGAAGAACUGGCAGGUACUGAGUACUCCCCAGAAGAGAUGCCUCAGCUCACAAAACACUUAUCAGAAAACAUCAAAGACAAACUAAAAGAAAUGGGGUUUGAUCGGUAUAAAAUAGUGGUACAAGUACUGAUUGGAGAGCAAAGAGGUGAAGGAGUAUUCAUGGCUGCUCGAUGUUUCUGGGAUGCUGAUACUGACAACUACAUUCACGAUGUUUUCAUGAAUGACAGUUUAUUCUGUGUUGUAGCAGCAUUUGGGUGUUUCUACUACUGAAUCUUUGAAAAAGCUGGAAAUCUUAAGAUACAACGAUGAAAAAGCUGGAAAAAGAUAUUUUUAUAUUGUUAAAUAUCUUAAUAAAAUAAAGAUAAAUUGGCAUGUUGGCAACUAGAAUCUGUUGUGUAGGCCUUAUAUUUUUAAUGUUUUGAUGUUGUUAUAGUAUGUUCUUGUUAUAUUUGGAAAGCAGAGGAAAA